UAGGAAUCAACUAAAAACCAUAAUGUUCAUCGCCAAUUCGUAGAUAAGUCCCAUGCCACCCCUUACUAUAUCUUUCCUCUUCCUCAUCAUCCUCGAAAAACUUUUUGCAUUUUUUUGCUCUUCAAUGCCUAGCCCGCCAAUACCAUGUUCCAUAUCUACUCCCGAAAGAUGCAUAAAACAUCUCUCCCUGACGAGCCCUGAAUUUAUCGUGCUUGAUCAGUCACCUCAGUCUAGCAUAACCUCAGCUAAAGGAACCACUUGGUCCAAGAAAGCCACUGAAUUCUCAGCAGGUAGGAAGUCGUCAGAGCUGACUGAAGCAAGCCUCGCUGAGAUUAACAGAAGGAAUGCCGUGGUGGUUAAGUGUUCUGCUAGUAGUAGUCCUUAUUACAAAGGGCUCACAGAUUUUACUCUGGACAUCAAUAAAGAUAAAGUUCCAGCAAAUGGAAUCCAUCAUGCAGGUUCUCCGUUUAGCACAUCAGCAGAAAACACAACUUGGUCCAAGAAAGGGAAGAUCUUGGUGCGAAAAAAAAGGUCAGAGUUAUCUGAAGAAAGCCUUCAUGAAUUUAACAGAAGGAACGUAGUUUCAGAGGAGAGAAGAAAUUCUACUUCUAGUAGCCCUUACUACAAAGGGCUCACAGACUUUACUCUAGAUAUUAAAAAAGAAAAAGUUCAGGUACUCGAAACUCAUGAGGAAGCUUCACUGGAAGUAGGUGUCACCAACAGAUGCAAGAAGGACAAAAACUCUCCAAGAAAGAUCAGUGACUUGGCUGGAGAGAGCUUCAAGGAAACUAAUAAAGAAGAUGCAGUUAUGGAGGAAGAGAGGUACGACUCUAGUAUCCCUCGCUAUAAAGGACUCACUGAUUUCACUACAGAUAUUAUCAAGGAAAAGGUGCCAAGAAGUGAAUACGACGAGGCAAACUGCAUAACCUCUGAGAAAAGCAUUCUCCCGAUAGACCAGCCAUCACAAUCUAGCAUCACACCAGAAUGCAGUACCGGAUCAAAGGAAGUUGUCACACCUUGUACAGAAAAGAAAACCUUGGAACUAAGCAAAGAAAGUAAUUAUGAGUAUAUCAAGGGAAAUACAGUUCUACAGGAGAAGGAUCACGCUGUCAGCAGUCCUUACGAUAAAGGGAUCACUGACUUUACUCUAGAUAUCAAUAAAGGAGGAAUACCAGCAAUUGAAAUCCACGAGGCAACUUCUGCUCUCACUAAGUUUGAUUGUCUCCCAUCUGACAGAUCCUCAGAGCUCAGCGGCUCAAGCAGAGUAUCUAUCUGGUCCAAGAAAGCCGCCAGAUUCUUUACAAGAAAGAAGGGCCCGUCAGAUUUGACAGAAGAAGGCCUUGAGGAAUUUAACAGAAGGAACGCAAUUCUAGAGGAGAAGAGAUAUUUUACUAGUAGUCCUUAUUAUAGAGGAUUAACUGACUUUUCCAUAGAUAUUAAUAAGGAAAAAGUUCCAGUCAUCGAGAUCCAUGAAAGAGCUUCCGUUACCUCAAGCACCAGAUCAAGUUUCGUUGUCAGGAUGCAACAACUGGGUACUUUCUGUUUUUUCUUCAAAAACAAGGAAAAGAAAGAUUUAUUCUCUUCUUCCUCAUCAUCAAAAUCACGAAUGUGGAAGGACAUGGAUUCAGGAAAAGAAGCUAAAAGCAGCUCAACCAAAAGAAACACUGGUCAUUAUUCAUCUAAUGAGGGGAAGCCAUUGAGGGAGAGAGAGUUACAAACAGAUGCACCACAGGAGUUAUUAACAACAUCAUGCCUACAACCUCCGCAACCACCACAAGUGUCAGAGCCCGCACAAACCUCAGAAUCAAAGAAGACAAAAGCAACAAAAAGUGACAUUGAGGAAAAAGAGAAGCCACUACAAGUAUCAAAGCCAGCACAAAGAUCAGAAUCAGAAAAGCCAAAUCCAACCAAACAAAGGGACCGUGAAGAAAAAAGGAUGCCACCACAAGUAUCAGGGCUAGCACGAACAUCAGAAACAGUAAUGUCAAAUGCAACAGAACAAAGUGAUACUGAGGAGAAAAGGAAGCUGUUCACGUGGGCGGACCACUAUCGGCCUGAUACUUUAUCAGAUUUUAUAUGCAAUCGAGAUACAGCCAUGGAGCUCAAGUCUGCAGCAAAUUCAGAACAAUGUAGCCACUGCAUAUUUGAGGGAAAACCAGGGGUGGGAAAGCGAACCAUGAUAUGGGCUUUGCUCCGCGAAGCCUUUGGAGCUGACAAAGUACAGUUAAGAGAAGAGUGUAAGGAGUUCGGCCUGAAGGGAGAAGCAAUUAAAAGUAUCCAGGUAAAUGUGACAAAAUCCUCUCAACAUGUAGAAGUGAAUCUUUCUGAGCUUAAAGGGUAUGAAAAGCACGUCAUAGUUGAACUUAUGGAAGAGAAAAGUUCCAAACUAGCCAACAAUGUCUCGCCAUGCACUUUCGCAGACUGCAAGGCUAUUAUUCUCUACGAAGCAGACAAACUAUCGACAGAUGCCCUAUUAUACAUCAGAUGGCUAUUAGAAAGGUAUAGAGGAUGUAACAAGGUCUUCUUUUGCUGCAAUGAUGUCGCGAAGCUCCAUCCAAUUAAGCCGCUGUGCAGAGUGGUGAAGCUCCUCCCACCUUCUAACGAAGAGAUUGUGGAAGUUCUGAAGUUCAUAGCAAAGAAAGAAGGCAUUGAACUCUCAGAUAAGCUGGCCGAGAAAUUUGCUGACAACUCCAAGAAUAAUCUGAGACAAGCCAUACGUUCAUUUGAAGCAACAUGGAGAUCUAACUCAGAGUUGAAGGAAGAUCAAGAUAUAUUGACCGGAUGGGAAGAUGCUAUAGCUAAGAUUGCCAGUGACAUACUGAAAGAGCAAAGUCCGCAGCAGCUCUAUGCUAUCCGUGGAGAACUCCAGAGGCUCGUAGAUCACAAUGUAUCACCUACGUUUAUUUUCGAGACUUUGGUGGGAGAACUAAAGAGACACUUGGAGGAGUCAUUACAGCUGCAAAUCGACAAAAUCUACCAGGAAUACAACGGGGAUGCUUAUGGCAUCCAUCGUAAUGGUUUUUCUCGCAACGAAGCUAAGGGAGUGGCUGAUAAACACAAUGAGGAAUUUAGAAGGACUGUUCAGCACUUUAUGAAAAUUGAAGAGUUCAUCGCGAAAUUCAUGAGUUGGUACAAGAACGUGGACGUGAGUUUGAAGCUCGGGACGUGAAGCAAUCGGCCGGGAUUAAAGUUAAAGAGAAGCAGCUGAUCCUGGGGAUUACAAGUUAGAAUAAAAUGGCAAAUAUGCAGUUGCCACCAAGUUAUACUUGUACAAGUGAUGCAAUUCCAUAGUUUUGGAUUCAGUGAACUAUGCAAUAUCUUUGUAAAUUAGUGAAAGCAAGUUUUACUAUGAGUGUUCGUGAAUAAUAGAUAUGCCCUUGCCAAAAUC